UUCCUUCGGCGCGGUGAGUAGUAGACAGUGUAGAUUUUUGAGGUGCCCUUGCUGAUUCUCUGGCCUAGUUUGAGGCCUGUCCUCGUCUUCUGUCCGACUUUGUCUGUUUCGUUGCAGCCACUGAAGAUCCUGGUGUCGCCAUGGGCCGUCGCCCCGCCCGGUGUUACCGGUAUUGUAAGAACAAGCCGUAUCCAAAGUCUCGCUUCUGCAGAGGUGUCCCUGAUGCCAAGAUCCGCAUCUUUGACCUGGGGCGGAAGAAGGCAAAAGUGGAUGAGUUCCCACUGUGUGGCCACAUGGUGUCAGAUGAAUAUGAGCAGCUCUCCUCUGAAGCCCUGGAGGCUGCCCGUAUUUGUGCCAACAAGUACAUGGUGAAAAGCUGUGGCAAAGAUGGUUUUCACAUCCGAGUGCGGCUCCAUCCCUUCCAUGUCAUCCGUAUCAACAAGAUGUUGUCCUGUGCUGGAGCUGACAGGUUGCAGACAGGUAUGCGGGGUGCCUUUGGAAAGCCCCAGGGCACAGUAGCCAGGGUCCACAUUGGCCAAGUCAUCAUGUCCAUCCGUACCAAGCUGCAGAACAAGGAACAUGUGAUUGAGGCCCUACGCAGGGCCAAGUUCAAGUUCCCUGGCCGCCAGAAGAUCCACAUCUCCAAGAAGUGGGGCUUUACGAAGUUUAAUGCGGAUGAAUUUGAAGACAUGGUGGCUGAAAAGCGGCUUAUCCCAGAUGGCUGUGGGGUCAAAUACAUCCCUAAUCGUGGCCCCUUGGACAAAUGGAGGGCUCUGCACUCAUGAGAAUCUCGGCACUGCCCCCUCCCUCUUUAUGGCCACCAAUAAAACCUACUUCCUGUCUG